AUGCCCGCGUCAACAGCUGCUACCUCACUGGCAGCGGAUGAAAAGACAGCGUCCAAAGACAAGGACAAGAAGGCCUCGGACUCGGCGAUUCAGACACCCAAAGAUGCUACGACACCGCUGCCUUCCACAUCCGGCGCAACAGCAUCCGCCACACCUGCCCACGAGACUUCCGUCGGUAGUGUUUUUAGCAACCCGGACAUGACAGCUGCUGUGCUCGCUUACCUCCAGAAGCGCGGAUUCGACCGUGUUGAGGCGGCUUUCAAGGCGGAGCUCGACGCGUUGGCUUCCGGUGCCACAGCUGAGCAAGCGGCUGCUGCCGCUGACGUACUGGGUCGCGCACCCACCGUGGGACUCGAAGACCUCGCUGCCAAGAACGCGCCACGUACACCAGCCGACAAGGACAAGGAGAAGGACAAGGACAGUGACAAGGACAAGGACAAGGACAAGGACAAGGACAAGGACAAGGACAAGGACAAGGACAGUGACAAGGACAAGGACAAGGAAGCCGUCGAUGGUCCGAACAAGGACAAAGCUGCAGCUGCGGCUGCCGAAACCGACCUCACCUUUGCUGAAGAUGGAGACGUCUCAGCGGCUGCAACCCAAGCCCUCCUUCUUGACCCAACAGAUCGCGCAAGAGGGUUUGCCAUGCUAAAGUCAUGGUGCCACGGCAGUCUCGACAUCUAUCAGCCCGAGCUGCUGCCCAUCUUGCUUCCACUCUUUGUGCACUCGUUCCUGGAUCUUGUCUUGAUGGGACACGGACCUGCCGCCUCGGCACUCUACACAGCACACGCCCCAUCCUUUUUUCCGACGCACACUGCGCUACUGUCCCAGAUCCGCUCGCUGGCACUUCCAUCACACAUCCAGUCGGAUCCACUCGCACAGCGCUUUCGAUCCGAGCGCUACGUCGUCAAGAUGUCCAGCACGGUCUUCAGCCUGUUGCUCGGCUGGUUGACCGACGGCGGCGGGCCCGUUUCCAGCGCUUCCAACGCGAUCGAGGAGGCAGAAGGUCCAGCAAGACGUGGUAGAGAGGCCAUGCUCAAGAUCAUCAACGAGCGAUGCCGAAUCCAGGUGCUGGCUGCUCAGCCUUACCAGAUUGAUGCCGCCGUGCUGGAAGAAGGUACCGGUCUCACUGGCGCCGGGCCCACUUACUCUAGUGUUACGGCGGGCGCAUCUGGACGAAGCCGUAUCCAUUCCGCCCUGGCAAAGAAUGCGGUGUCGGAAGGCGAUGCGCUCGCAGAAUUCAACGCAAAGGCGGCUGGACCUCAGCUCAAGCUUCAUCCAACAGUGCCGUUAACCGAGAGACUCGAGACCGAGGUGCAAAAGGAGCUGCAGGAGGUGGAGCGACGUGAAAAGGAGACAGUGGCUGCAGUGCAAGCCGAAGAGGAAAAGAACAAAGAUGCUGCUGAAGCGUCCAGCGCGACCAUUGCCAGUGUUGGUGCAACACAAGAUGGCGGAGAAACGGCCAAAACAGCGGCUGCGCAGCAGCAAGAUGGGGAUACGACGAUGCAGGAUGCCACAUCCACGGCCGAUGCGGGCGAAGAUGGGGGAGAUGCGGCUUCCAGGGCGAGGACGGCGUCUGUUCAUCCAUCUGAACUGCCCUCCUCUGCUAGGGAAACAGCCCCUCCGGCAAGCGCAGCCGAAGCGAACUCGGUAAGCGGUGGCACCUCGUCGGGUCCGGACUUCUCAGUGGGACUGCUUGCAGCCAGUGUCAGCGAUCUGCCACCACAAGCGCCGACGUUUCGCACCGUCGACGUCAAGCGGGAGGUGCAGCGCGUUCGUGAUGCGCGCAAACGCAUCCGCCUCGAUCCAUCUUUGCUUUACGGCUCCUCCGCCACAUUGUCCGCUUUCACGUCGGGCGUGCGUGACCCCGCCAUCAACGCGAUGGGUGAGCAGGGCGCCAAUGCAGCGCGGGUGGCCGCGCUACCUUCGGUCUGCGCCUAUACAUUCCACGAUGCAGACGACGGUAUCACGUGCUCCACCUUCUCUGACGACAUUACGCUCAUGGCAGCCGGUUUCGAAGAGUCUUUUGUGCAGGUGUGGUCGCUCAAAGGCGAAAAGCUGCGCGCGAUUCGGGGCAACCCGAAUCUGUCAUCGAUUCGAGACAGCCGCACGCUGGCAAAGCAACGCGAAGCUGAAGGAUACUCUACGCGUCGGCUGAUCGGACACUCUGGUGCCGUCUACGGUGUUGAUUUCGAUCCUGUGGGAGGCUCGGCUAGCGCACCUCGACAUGUGCUCAGCUGCUCGGCGGAUUCCACGGCUCGUCUGUGGAGUCUGGAUACGUACAGUGCACUGGUCUCGUACCGUGGUCACCAACACCCUGUGUGGGAUGUGAAGUGGUCGCCGAUCGGAACCUACUUUGCCACCGCGAGCGCGGACAAGACGGCUCGGCUGUGGAGCACGGAACGCAUCAACCCACUGCGCAUGUAUGCCGGUCAUCUGUCGGACGUGGACUGUCUGACGUUCCAUCCGAACUCUCUCUACCUCGCCACGGGCUCUUCCGAUCGAAGCUGUCGUCUGUGGGACGUUCAGCGCGGAGCGUGCGUUCGACUGUUCGUCGGGCAUCAAUCGCCGAUCUCGUGUCUUCGAAUCAGUCCGGAUGGUCGAUACCUCGCAUCGGCAGCUGCCGGCAAUGGAACCGCAUCGCAGUUCGCUGGGGUGGACGGGAUCGAUCCCACUUCGCAAGGUGGUAGCAUCAACGAUGUUUCCAUCUCGCUGUGGGAUUUGGCAUCUGGUCGGAGGAUCAAGAAGAUGUGGGGACACAGUGAGCGGAUUUACUCGAUGGAUUUUUCGGCCGAUGGAUCGCUGCUUGUCACCGGGUCGGCGGAUCGUAGCGUAAGGUGCUGGGAUGUUCGUGCGGUGGGUGGUAAUCGAAAGGUGGCUACCAAGGGUUCUUUAGAAGCACAGCAGAUCAGCGAUGCAGCCGCAUUGGGCGUUCAGACAGCGGCAGCCACCACACAAGCACAGCUCUCGUCAGCGGGCUUGACAAAUGCCGCCAUUGCUGCAGGCCAGAUCAACGCCGCCGAUAUGGUGAACAGUAGCGCCGAUUGCGUGGCUACCUUCCAUACCAAGCGAACUCCCGUGUUGGACGUCCAUUUCACCCCGAGAAAUCUCUGCCUCGUUGCUGGCGUCUUUGAGGAUUGA